GACAACAGCUACUCAUCUCCAUUCUGCGUGAAAGAUUCUGGCCAACUAAUGCCAGCAGUUUGGUAAGAAAGGUCAUCCAUGGAUGCAUUCCAUGCUUUAAAAGCAAGCCGAAAGUCUUAGAGCAACUAAUGGCAGAUCUCCCAGCAGAGCGGGUCACGCCGUCAGCUCCAUUCCUUAAGGUCGGCGUGGACUAUUGCGGUCCCUUUUUUAUUAGUUACCCGAACCGGAGAGCCAAGCCGGUGAAAUGUUAUGUCGCAGUGUUCGUCUGCCUAUCAGUGAAGGCAAUACAUCUGGAACUUGUGGCGGAUCUAACAACACAAGCAUUCAUUGCGGCACUCAGGCGCUUCGUUUCGCGACGUGGCAGACCGCAACUCAUCAUGUGCGAUAAUGCCACAACAUUUGUUGGUGCAAACCGGGAGCUGAGGCAGCUCUACAAGCAGCUUAACGAAAGAGAAUUCCAAGAUCCAGUAAUCAAAGAAGCUGCAAACGAUGGCAUUACUUUUAAAUUCAUCCCCCCGCGUACGCCCAACUUUGGCGGGCUGUGGGAGGCCCAGGUAAAGUCUUUUAAAGCCCAUCUCAAGAAAUCAGUUGGGCUCCGAACGCUAAAGAACGACGAAAUGCUGACAGCUUUAGCACAAAUUGAGGCGGUUUUGAACUCAAGACCAAUGACAGCAAUCAGCAGUGAUCCAUCCGACUACGAGGCCCUAACACCGGGGCAUUUUUUAGUUCAGCGUCCGUUAACAGCUGUAGCAGACCAGAAUUUCAACGAUGUGUCGAUCAAUCAACUGAAAAUGUGGGAUCAAGCACAAAGCCUCGUCCAGCAGUUUUGGAAAAAGUACCGGACGCAGUACCUGUCCGAUCUACAGAAUCGCGUGAAGUGGACGAAAUUGAAGAACAAUAUCGCUAUAGGGACGAUGGUUCUUCUCAAAGAAGAAAACGUACCUCCACUGAGGUGGCCACUGGGAAGAGUGGUGAAGGUUUUUCCCGGGACCGACGGCAACAUCCGAGUCGUUACAGUCCGCACCCAAAAUGGAUGCUUCGACAGAGGCAUAACGAAGGUCUGUCCUCUACCUAUUGGGGACAACGAAAAUUUGCCGCAAAAUUCCAAUUAAAGGGCACUCUCCAGGUGCAACUCAUUUUGAUCCACGUAUCACCAACCUCGUGAUUUUGAUGAACCCGUCAGUCUGCAAUUGGUAAAAGGUCAAGUCUCGUCAAGUAUCGUCUGUAUGUGUCUGUCCAAGUCCCUUGUCUUGGUAACGGUAAGGCUGAAGCUCUUCAGUUCAGCUUAGGAGAACGCAUCUACUCCUAAUCUCGGUGCAUACGGCACCCGCUUUGGCCACUUGGUCAUUGCUCAGUUAAGCUCAUCAUUAAUCCCUCCUGUGUAUUCGGUAGCACUACAACCGCUAUCACCCCAUCGUCUGGAGACAACCAUGGUUCUCCAAUCUCCUCGUUUCCCAGUCGGUUGGCAAUGGGCCCGGCCAGCUCUGCUAAUCGCUUCGAUCGAGGACAAGUCACAUCCUGAAGACAUCCGACGAACUUCUACCCACCAGGCGCUAGUUAAAGAAGGAGCAUCAGGCACCCUAACUGCCUGUGUGAGGAUAUCACCGUUUGCGACAACAUCACACCACGGUGGCGACAAGCACUGCAACGUCGCCAAAGAAGGAAGACUAUUCUAUCGAAGUACGCGUAUCACCCAAAGCAACGAGACAAGACCAUUUCAUCAAUGAACGACGACGGAACUCAGAAGCAAGCACUACAGCAACCAAGUCCAUGUGCAACAGUAGCAUCUUGUGAAGUUAAACAUGUUACCUACGAGAAAAUUUAAAUUCAAUCUAAGCAAUUAGAAAUAAGUUCUGAUUGAAACCAGCUGCUUUCAAGGGGGGCGGUAUGAUCUGUAAUCUCCAAACCAAGUUAGCCCCGCUGCCCCUUUAUCAGUAUCACAGUUAACUCUCUCUUUAAUUUUAAACUCAAUCAAUGCAUCGUGGAUGAUCGUUUCGACGCUAGAGCAAUAUGUGUAGGUACCGUAGGAAGAUCGCUGGUCAUACAGGGUCGGUAGCUCGAACAAAUCAAAAUAAAAAUCAGUAUUCUUUGAAACCCGGUCGAAUA